AGGAGGAAGCCCAAUCAGGUCUCCCUUGAUCCCAGGACUCCAGGAUCAUUACCUGAGGGAAAGCAGACAGCCAACCAUCUGAGCCACCCUUUUUAUUUUUUUUAAGAUUUUAUUUAUUUAUUUGACAGAGAUCACAGACAGAGAUCACAAGUAGGCAGAGAGGCAGGCGUGGAGGCAGGUGGAGAACAGGCUCCCCGCUGAGCAGAGAACCCGAUGCAGGGCUGGAUCCUAGGACCCUGGGACCAUGACCUGAGCUGAACACAGAGGCUUUAACCUACUGAGCCAUCCAGGCGCCCUUUAUUUAUUUAUUUGAAAGAGAGACAAAAGAGAGUGGAAGAGAGAGUGAGCAUGAGGAGGGAGGGGGUACUCAGGAGAAGAUUCUUUAUGUCCUCUUCAUGUUACCGGUAGACCUCAAUGGACUGAAUGGGCAGAAUGGGCACCACCACAAGUAGAUGGUGAAAUGUAAUAAACGCCUAGUGUGAAGUAAGUGCUCAGUAUUGUUUAGUUGUUGCUAUUAUAUUCCUAAAUUAUCAACAUCAGCACUGCAAAAGGCCAGCCAAGUGGACACUGCCAAUCACAGAGGCAGCUCCCAGACCACUGUUUGAAAACUCCUGCCUGAAUGACAAAGCAAAACAUCCUCCUAAAGAGUCUUGUUUAUGUCCAGAAGGGGUUUUUAUAGCUCCUCAAUAAUCUCCAGGGUGAUUUUAAAAACAUCUUCUGCUGUCACUUUUAGCUAAAGACGUGAUUAGGAUCAGCAUUGAAAAAUAACCUCCCAGUUUUUCUCACCCAGGCUACAGGGACUGGUAGUGAUGGUGCUGCUUUGGAUUGGUCUCAUCUAGGGCUAAAUUAACAGGGUUGCAAAAUGUGGAUGUUCUGAUGGGAAUGUGGAUCUUGGUUGGGUUGGAAACAGGGAGAAGGGAGUGGAGGGCAGUACUAAGCUUAAGGUACAAAAUAACCAUGUUGGAGAGUUGACCCAAAUAAAGGCCAAGGAUCUUGACUUGCUAGAAAACGAACAAGAAAGGGCUGAAGGGUGUACAUGUGGAGAAUAUUAAACAGUGACUUGAUCUGAGCUUCAUGGUAAGGUCAAGCUUCAAUAAAGCUCAGGAUAGUGGGUGGAACUCGGGAGUGAGACAACUGACCAGACAAAACUGUCUGCAGUGUCCCAGGCUAGAGCGAUUUCCUGCCUUGGGUAUUUGUCUGUCCAAAUAGCCUUACUUCAAAGUGUCUGUGGGAGCAGAGAGAAUUGAGAAAAAUGAAGCUGACUCUGGUGCAGAUCUUCUUUAUGAUGUUGCUGCUCCUGCUGGGCCUGGGACUUGGCCUGGGGCUGGGGCUGCAGAUGGCUGCAGCAGUCCUACAGGAGAGCGAUCAGACCCUGAGCGAGCUAUGGUCCAGUGACUCCGAGGACAAGACCAAGGCCAAUCAAGGAGAGGGCAGCCAAACUACAGAAACCUUGCUGGUUAGCAACAAAGGAGUGGUGCAACCGGGCUGGUCUGAAGACACCGUCCUUGGGGAAGACGAAGUUCGGGGAAGCAAGAUGCUCAGAGCUGAGCCUCUCCUUCCCAGCCACAAAGACUAUCUUAGGUCUGACUUGAUGACCAGGGAGUGUAACAGCCUGAUGUCACACAAGCUGAAAGAACACAACCGCACGUGCAUAAGCCAGUACACGUUCAUCCACGAGGAUCUGGAUACAGUCAAGGCUGUCUGUAACAGUCCUCCAGUUGCCUGUGAGCUCAAGGGGGGCAAAUGCCACAGAAGCUCCCGUCCUUUCGAUUUGACGCUCUGCAGGCUGUCCAAACCAGGCCAGGUCCCUCCUCACUGCAAUUACCUCACUGUCAUUUUUGAAAAGUAUAUUAUUAUAUCCUGUAAUGACUCGAAGUUCCAGAUAACGUCUGGACAAUGAAACGACUUAUCUUCUUCAUCCUUCCUCUUCACCCUUCUCCUCUUUCUCUUCCUUUUCACUUCUCUCUCCUACUGGUUUCCUCCUCCCUGGUGUUCUGGAUAAAAAGGUUCUGGGAA